AUGGCUUCAUCAAAUAAUUCCACGUCCGAUUCCAAGAAUCACCGCGCCAACUUCAGCCGCGUUCCUAAAAUCGACAUUCCCAAGAUCAUCGCUCUCACCAAGACUAAACUCCACAGGGUCGGUAUUAGGGAACACUGCCGCAAACUGAAGGAAGCCCAAUUCCGGGAGCACGUCAACCAAUGGUGGAAGAACAGCCUCUUUGGUGGACCCAAAGAUCCGAAGGGGAAAAAGAAGGACUUUACCGGCAAGACCGUUGUCAUGAUCGGCGCAACGUCAGACAUCUGUGCGGAAGCAGCCAUCAAGAUUGCUCGUCUCAACGCAGCAAAACUUAUCAUUGGAGCUCGAAAUAUUCGGAAAGCCCAUGAGAACUUCGUCAACUACGUGCAAGAAUAUCGCGAAACCCUUGGCAUCCAUGCCGUCGUUCUCAAUAUUAAUCAUCACACAGAGGAUCUUGCAGACGACCAUGGCCAAGUUUUUCGAAGCCGCCAUGGAACGGAACUGCAUUUGCAGAUCAACGUUAUAUCAACGGCGUAUCUGGCUAUCUUUCUCCUUGCCUUACUUCUCGAGACCUCCUUGAAGGAAGACUCCACUACUCACCUUGAGUUCGUCGGAUGUGAGCGCUACAUCGUGCAUCAGCGUUUUGAGUUUCUUCUCAACGGCCCAGAACAUUCAAUCCUGCAAUACUUAAACAAAGACCCCGACGAAGCAAUACAGUAUCCGGCGACCAAGAUUCUGCAGAUGGGGAUAAUGUUUCAACUCGCCAAACGCGUAAAUCCCGCGAAUGUUAUCAUAUUUUCUGCCGAGCCAGGCCCUUGCGAAAAGCCCCCUUGGAAAGAUCCUGACUCGGACCAUUCCGGUGUCGACAAAUUCUGCAAGCGAGCGUUUGCUAGGACAGCGGAGCAAGGGAGUCGAAUAAUAGUCAGUGGUUUGCUACAAGAACCGAAAGCGAAUAGUUUGUUCAGAGCACCAUUGCAUGGGCGAGUCUACAAAGACGACGACGCCAUGACAUGGGGUCCAAUAUUGUCCGACAACGUCUUCCUCGAACUGAUAGCGCGUUUUCGUAAGAUGAAGAAUUGGCAGGCGAUAAAGUGCAUCGUACCAGCGGGACAAAGUCGAAUCACCGCGGAUAGAAUCCAGAUGCUCCGAUGGGGUGAUACAUUGAGAGGCACUCUACCUGAGGGAGAUGGCAAGUACGACAAUUUUUCUUGGGAAGACAAACCCCACCCCCAACCUCGACCAGUCUCACUCGCAAGGCUGAGACGGGACAGAGAGGAGGUGAAGGAAGUCGUGGAUGUAAGGGUUGGUACGUGGUUGGACGGGGUUCCGGUGCCUGAGGAGAUAAGAGAGGAGACCGUUGAGGCGCCCGCUGAUGAUAAUGCGGAUGAGGAGACGGCCUCUGAGACCCGGAGGAGGCUUAAGGGUAAGCAAAAGAUGCACAGCAUCAUUGAUCCUCCGUAA